GCCUCAUGUGAUCCUUUGGACGGCGCCACGGGGUGAGACUCUCACUGACGUUCAGGAGACGUCAGUGGACGAAGUCCAGGACUGGGAGAGUCAAUAUUGCUUCAGCCGCUAGGGCUCAGGGCCACACGGCCCUAACCACCUGCCCUGUAGGCCUUCUGGGAAAGAUUGUGAACACACCAGAGGCUCCUGGAAGCUCCCCGCUUCAAGUUUGCGUUUGUGUGCGUGUGUUGGUAUUUUAUCCUGAAAGAAAACAUUAGGAUAUAGUCAUUUACAUUUUGCCUUGGAAGGGAAAAUAGAAAAAGGAACAGCUGUCGAUUUACGGAAAGAUAACGGACCCAAAGUGUACAAAGCGGUUGGCUUUAAUAUCUGUGUAAAGUUAGCUAUUUACUUUUACUUUGUUCACGGACCCUUCAAGGAGAAUAUUGCUUUAUGUUACAGCAACAAACUCUUUGACAAACUCAUAAAAGAACACCGCUUCUAUCAAGGGCUCUAUCCUGAUCUCUAGGGACGGGACAAGGAAUUGCAGCCGAACAUCACGAUGUUCAAAACGUCAUUGAGAUGGAUCUGAGAACUCUGUGGGAAAGCAAGGACAGGCGGACAUUCUUCACUAGAAAAGGGAAUAAUUAUUUAUGAGUAUUAUUGAUACAAAUGAAACUGACUGAUUGAAGUGCUGUGUUGUUCUGUGGGUCCCAUCGCUUAUACAAGUAUCCUACUCAGAGUAGACAGUGUGGGAUUCUCGAACAUGCAUAGGCAGUUAUUUCAUAACUACUGAUUUCCGAGUCUCCUAAAAGUUCGUCCUUUGUAGGCUACAGAGAAUGUAGGCUACAUCUCGAGUUCUAGUUUCUACUGCUAACAGUGGCAUUGUUCACUAUAGAACAGUCACCACGGAUAAUAAUUGAUAUCUGAGCUUUCAUUGCAGUUGUAGUUUUUAUCACCAUUAUAAUUUUUUAUUAAAUAUAGUUUUUUGAUCACUUAAUUAGCCUACUAUUUCACUCUAGUUUUGACUUCUGUGAUGCUGUACAAAGUGAAAUUCCCAGGUUUGGGAUGAAUAUAGUUUAACUGUUUUUUAUCAUUCCGACCAGCCCUGAGCAGAAUUCUGAGUUCCUGAAUUUGAGUCCGUUUUUCUGAAUACAUGUUUUUGCUUGUUUUCAUACAUCUUGGUUAAAGUACUGGGUUUCCUAUCAUUCAUAAUCGUUUCAUCUUCUGUACGUGUGUGAACAAACAAUGUGGAUGAGCCAACUUGCCUGGUCCUGGCGUUGCUCGUCUGCUACGCGAGAACUUGAAGACGCCCGCAGAAGAGGAAGCGAGUGAUCAGAGGCGGUUUUGUUAUACCAGUUUCUCACUGGGCUAGACCAGAAAACAUUUCAAAGCAAUACGAAUUAAAGUGCCAUUUAUAAUCAAUGCGUGAGUUUUGAUAUUUUAUCUUUAUUUAUUUUCUAUCUCAACUUGGAUGAUGACCUUAAGGUAGGCUACUUUUACGCUGCAUUAUUUAGUUGAUAAUAAUUGCACUGUUUUUAAAUGAAUGAGUCAUUCUGUACAUCCUUCCGUUUAGGCCCUAUUCAUUAAAGAGUGCUAAAAGAGAAGGGUUAGGAGAAGGGUUAAAAGUGUCAAUCAAUCAACUUUUAUAUUUGGUCAUUUUAGGGGAUUCCCGAAAUAACAAAUAAACACAGGUGGAACAAUUACAUUAGUGGACAGGCUCAUGGAAUCCAUGGCGUUACUUAGCCGUUGAGAACGAAUACACUCAACUAUUCAACUCUCACUUAAUGUUCAUAAAAAACAAGUUAAAUGCUCCAUAGGAGAACAAAGCAAGGUGACAAUGGCCGAGCUAUAAAGGUGCAGAACAUAAACUUUUGGGCACCAGCUGAAGUCUGGUGGUUGGGCUGACAGUGGAGGAGUAGUAGUGGGGUAACUGUUGAGUUUCAAAAUAAACAUUAGGUCUACUUAAUUACUUGAAUCUCUACAGUCCAUAUGCUGAUAAUAGUGUAGGAUUUGAUUUCUGAAAUUAUCCUAUGGCAGGAAGGUUAGCAACUUUUAAAGGAUUUUAUUUUUCAAUCAUUAUCCACAUUUUGCUCAAUUUAUGAAGAAUCUUUAUUUGCAAUUGACUUAUCUUGCUAAAUUAAAAAGAGAAGCCUUGAAAGCAAUCUAUGGAACUUCUUAAAGGUUUGAUUGAUGGUAAUUUCUCAUUGGUGCUUGCUAAUUGCAUCACAUGUUUAGCAGUGAACAUAAGCGCGGCUCGUUUCACUUUGGGGGGUUCGGCUGAACUGCUGAAGUGAACCCUGGCCUCGGCCGUCAGCUCCGCAGCCCUGAAGGCCCGUGGUCGGAUCCCCGAGGGGCAGCACAUCGUGAGGGUCUCCCUGGAGCCGUCUCUCUGUCUGGCGCAGUCCGUCUGGAGUCGUUCUAAAGCCCAUGUUUCGUUCUGUGACCUACUUCCAGAUCUCUUCCCCAGUGGGACUGGAAGCUUGCUGCGGAUACCUGUGAAAUAAACUGUUGACCCUCUGCCUCGUUCUUCAGGGUUUACAUUGUAGCCGCUAAAGGUUAACGCGGUUAACCAACGUGGACUGGCAUCGCCUAAUGAAUAAGCUCACGACCAAUUGUGACUUAAGAAUAAACCCCAUACACUUAUUACCGCAAGGCUGGCAUUUAGUGACGAUAAACCAGCGCCUCAUGAAGAUAAACCGUUGACUAAAAAGGUCCAUAAUAUGCGUUACUAGUAUCUGCUUAACUACUAUCAAGUGACCAGUUGUAAUCUUAGCUUAGCCUAGCCGUAAGAGGGCAAUGUCUGCGCGCGCAGUGGGAGGCGUGUCAAUUCAUAAUGACGUAGACGAGUGCGACACGUGGGGCGUCUCGCGACACAUCUCCCCGACCAUCCAACAUGGCGCUGGAGGGACCUUGUUAUUGUUCUGCUGUCCGAUGUUCUUCAUCCUAAAGGAAGAGGAGACGAGGCUGAACGGGGACAUGCGUGGAUGACAAAGGCGUUCCGACAUCAUGCUGAGAUCCACCGGGUUCUUCCGAGGCCUCGAGUGCCCGUUUUACUCGGACUCCACCGAGCUCCAGGCCGACAGACAAGGGUGCAACAGACCUUACUGUCACUUCAGACACAGCCGGCAGAGACGCGCAUCUCACGGCGCUGCCGUCGACAGUAGGAAGCAGAGAGUACCGGACUCCAAGCUCAAAGAUCAAGCGUAUGACCCGUUCAACCCGGAGGUGGUGUCACACAAAGAGCCGCAGGAUGGGGAGGACCUCAGCGGGGCCCUGGAGCUGGUCAACCAGGCCAUCAAGGAGGUCCAGAAUGAAGUUGAGCGAGAGAAGAGGAAACUUUCUCGGAUGGGUGACGACGAGUAUGAGCCCACAUCCAACAGAAGCCUGUCCACAGUGGAAGCUGUUAAAAAGCCCAUUCCCAAAGCAGUGACCUCCCAUCUGGCCUAUGACCCUGGGAGUUAUCAGAUGACCUCAUCAGAGUACAACCCGACCCCCAGCUGUAGCAAAUACACCCUGGAUGUGGACGUUAAGGGGGCCAACUCCAUGGAGUAUGUUCCCACGUCCAAGAGGAAACCUUCCCCACGCACACAGGCCACACGGUUCCCCUCCCUCCCCACCCCUACGUAUUCAAGCAGCGCUUCGUCCAAGGGGAAGUACACUCUGGAUAACUCCAAGCCAACGACAGAUAUGGAAUAUGACCCGCUCUCAAACUACUCUGCAAGAAUUGCUGGCAAGCACAAAAAGGAAGAGAGUAUAAAAGAGAACAGAGCGUCAGCCAAAGCAAGGCGGCCGUCCACAGACAAGGAGUAUGUGCCGACCGCCAAGAGGCCCUGCCCCCGGAGCGCAGACACACAGAAGUACACGUGUUCAGAUACCGACGAGGAGAGCUCUGGAACAGAGUACCGGCCCACCUCUCUCCACCGCCUCAAGAGGAGGGAGGGCAGUGCAGCGGCGGCGGGGAGGAGGGACCCCGCCAAGGGGCCGGAGCCUCUCCCGCAGAGGGGCAGAGAGGGGGCCAAGGAGCAGACCCCCCUGGACCCAGAGGGGUGCGAGUCCCGGCCCCCGACGGACGCAGAGAAGGAGAGGCUGCCAGCCAAACCCAGUCACAGCAAAACCUGCAAAUCUGAAAAGACUUUGAAAGGAGAAAAGACGAUGAAGGCGGUCGGCGGUAAAGUGAGCAGCAGCGAUAACGGCAGGAAGGAGAAGAGCUCGGCGAACAAAUCGAGCAAUGAGUGUGUGAAGAAGGACGGCCAAAGUUCAAGGAAGAGAGAGGACAAGAGGAAGGGGAAGGAGGCAAGUCCUAAAGUAGCCAGAGAACUCCAAGAGGAGAAGAGAGACGUGGGGAGGAGUAAGGCUGUGGAGAGGCUCCAGGGGGACUCAAGUAAAGAGCGAGCCAAGGGCCGUGAGAACGGUGUGGAGGAGAGCAAGAAGGCCAAGGUGUCUGACAAGCACAAGGACCACCAGCAUAACAACGGAAAACACGAGAGCAGCAAGAGGGUGAACGACGUGAGAAAGAACAGUAAAAACAGUUCCAAUACCAGCAGCAAAAGCACUUCCAACAGCAGCCACGGUAAGACGGGCUCUGACCACAGUAAGGUGAGGCACCAAAGCAACGCCCCGGAGGCCGGAAAGGUGAAGGAGAAACGGCGAGCUCCCAGCCUGAGCCACGCAGACCUGUUUGGAGACGAGAGCCCCGACGGGGCGGGCGCAGACGAGUCCGAUGAGGACGGGGAGGAGCAGGGCGAGGUGCUGGUGAGGAAGUCUGCGGACGCGUUGAAGAGACGGCGUGUGCUCAUGCAGCCGCUGAAGGCCCCUUCGUCAGAGGAGGAGGAGGAGGGCCUGAGCAUGGAGGACGGCCAGGCCGAGAUGGACUUCUGUGGGGUGGACUUGUCGCUUUUCCAAGGGGACUUGGACUUCGACUCUGAUCCGAUGGAGGAGUGUUUAAGGAUCUUCAACGAAUCCAAAGACGUCAAGAAAGAAGACAAGGGAAGGCAGGCUAAACAGCCAUGCCGAGAUUCUGAAGAGGAGGAGGAGGGCAGCGAGAGCCCUUUAACCGGCCUCUUCCCCGGGCAGAGGAAGAGGGUUUCCCAUUUUGCUGUCCAAGGAAGCGUCGAGGGGGCGCUGAGGGCGCCCGUGCGGCCGUCCCGGAGGCCCACGGCUCAGGAGAUCUGCUACCAGAGGCUGCAGAUGGCCCAGCAGCAGGCAGAGCAGCUGGCCCAGCAGCAGGCAGAGCAGCUGGCCCAGCAGCAGGCAGAGCAGCUGGCCCAGCAGCAGGCAGAGCAGCUGGCCGCCGCCGUCAGGAGCACACCUGUCAAGACCCCCGGAGUCAGGACCCCCGGAGUCAGGACCCCCGGAGUCAGGACCCCCGGAGUCAGGACCCCCGGAGCCAGGACCCCCGGAGCCAGGACCCCCUUAGCCCCCCCGAGCUCCAGCUUGGCCGGCGAGAGGAAGAGGGUGGCUCACCGUCCCAGCCUGCCUGGGCCCUCCUCCUCCCAAACCGUGGAGCCAGCUGCCAGUCGCGUUCUGUCGCCCAACAGAACCCUCCCGGCCCACCUGUCUGUCCGGGCUCAGACGUCUGCCGGCAUCCUGUCCAAGACCACCUCCACCGUGGUGCAGAAGAGACUGGCACACACCCCCACCAUGAAGAGCUCCUCCCUGAAGAGGCCAGUCAUCCCCACAGAGUUCGGGGCCAAGGUGCCGACCAACGUCCGGCAGCGCUACCUCCACAUCUUCAUCGAUGAAUGUGUCAAGUUCUGCCCCUCGGAGGAAGCGGCCUUCCACAUGGCGCUGGACGAGGAGAAGGUCGUCUACGAUCGGAGCAGCAGUAAGAACAUCUACCUCAACGUAGCCGUCAACACGCUGAAGAAGCUCCGUGGCAAGAGCGGAGCCCCCCCGGCCCCGCCCCCCAAGGCGGUGGGCUCUGCUGCUCACCGUAGGACCAUGACCCAUGAGGAGGUGCUUGGCGGGCGGAUGGCUGCCACCACCAGCUUCACCCUCAACAGGACGGGCAGGCAGAGCGAGGAGCAGCCCUGCGGGGCGGCGUUGUACAGGAAGCUGAAGGCCUACCUGAUGACGGAGGAGCAGCUGCAGGAGCACGGCUACCCCCGAGCCAGCGCUGAGUCCUCGGGGAGGGCUGUGAUCCACAACCAGCCGGAGAGGAAGGCCCUGGCGGACGCGUUCUCAAAGACCUGCUGUCGCUGUGGGGCGGAGUACAAGGUCAACGUGAAAGGCAGCUGUGUGCGCAGAGAAGAGUGUAACCACCACUGGGGUCGCUUGAGGAGGAACAAAGGGGCCGGGGGCUGGGAGACCAACUACAACUGCUGCUCGGGACCCGUGGGCACUCCGGGCUGCCAGGUGUCCAAGCAACAUGUGCAGGAUGGCCGUAAGGAGUCGGUGGAGGGCUACGUCAAGACCUUCAGUAAGGCUCUCCCACCCGAUGGCGACGGAGGGGUCUAUGCCCUCGACUGUGAAAUGUGCUACACCAAGCAGGGUCUGGAGCUGACCCGCGUGACAGUGGUCAACGCAGAGCUGAAGGUCAUCUACGACACCUUCGUCAAACCCGAGAGCAAAGUAGUGGAUUACAACACGAGGUUCUCUGGGGUGACGGAGGAGGACCUGGACAACACCACCAUCACUCUGAGGGACGUGCAGGCGGUGCUGCUCAGCAUGUUCAGCGCUGAGUCCAUCCUCCUGGGCCACAGCCUGGAGAGCGACCUGCUGGCACUCAAGGUCAUCCACAGCACAGUGAUUGACACCUCCAUUGUGUUCCCUCACCGCAUCGGCCUGCCCUACAAACGCGCCCUCAGGAACCUGAUGGCCGACCACCUGAAGCGCAUCAUCCAGGACAACGUGGAUGGCCACGACUCCAGCGAAGACGCCAGCGCCUGCAUGCAGCUGAUGUUCUGGAAGCUGAAGGAGGACGCAAAGGUCAAGAGAUGACCUCCAAC